GAUUACUUUUGUAGAAGUUAUAAGGCGGAUCUUUCGUUUUCAUUUACAUUUUUGACAACAACUUGUUGUCUGAGUAAUAGUUUAAUGAAUAAUUACUCUUUUUCUGUGUUUACAUGCUUUGGGUGUUUUCAUUCUGGUUCUGACUUCUGUAGGGGAAGGAGUAACUGUCUUCUCUGUUAACAGGCGACUGCAAAUAUUCUGCAGGGUUUUGUGAGAUUAUUUUCCGUUUGUUAGUUUAGUAGAUAGGACUGACUAUACAUAUUCUGUGUGAUAGUUUUCACUGGUUUGGCUCUUUCUUGUCUCACUCUGCCGUCAUUGGAGUAACUUCAGGAGUUUGGGAGAUUGGACACUGAGAACUACAGGAAGAACAAACGUAUUGGAAUACAAAAUGUAAACGGUUCCAAUCAUAGUGAUACAUUUCGUGGUUUAUGGGAAUACAUUCUACUUUUGGCAGUAACAAAAAGAAACUACUAGUCAAUCACUGAUUAUAACCCCUGCACAAGUCGACAGCAAAAAUCUUACCUACCAACUGCAAAACUGCCUCAAGAAUCUCUGGAGUACUUAACACACCAUUGUCGAACUGUCGUUACCAUCUGUACGCUUAGAGGAUCGAAUACAACCGGGCUACGUGUCGGAGUUCGGAGAUUGGAAUACGAUUCACGCCAAUCUGAAGAGAAGGGAGAAUCAGAGUGUCAAGUUUCCGACAACUUCAUCCCCAUUAAAGACGUUGUUUGUUACUUUAACUAAAAGACGAAAUAUGUAGUUGAGGGAUUUAGAGACGUAAAAUGACGAAAAUAUCAAACGUUUUUUUUAUCAGAGUGGUAAUGACAUUGAUAUUCCGGGGAUACUUGUACAUUAUCGUCUGUGACUUCAUCGCCAGUGCCCGCCUUCUAGGCUGAUGGUUGAUGAAGAGAGCGCGACUUCUGCUACAAAAAUAACUUACAAGAGACAGAUUAUCUGUAAAUUUAGUCAGUGAUAUAGGAAAACGAUGAAGUUACAUUCUUAAACAGUAGGCGUAUUCUAUAAAUGACUUCAUCGCUUUUAUUUUGAGCAGACAUUCGAUGAAGUUCCACCAGAUCUCGGAUUAGGAGAAGAUAUCGAGUCAGAAUUUGUUUUUUCGCGAGUUGGAGAAAUUGUACCUCGGCGUCGUUUUGGACAAGGUUUGUAUUGUAAUCAGGUUUUGGAAUAGUCACAUGCUGGUACCCAGGAUAUCACCAGUUGGAGUAUGCACUGAACAGACCUGACAGACGCUGGAAUACAACCUUAUCUUGGCUGUUCGUAGUGUUACUUCACGAUUGAACGCAUUGCCGUCGCACAUUGAUGGCCAGGGAGUCAUUCGAUGUUUAGCAGAAAUGCUCUCGGGAUUGCUUUGGAUAUCGAACUGAAGGAUUCUCAUGAAACUAAAACAGGGGAAUUGUAAUUUUGAUAGAAAUUAAUUUUCACUGAGUUUAUGAUUAGAACUUGCAAGGAUCGAAUCCUUGAGGAAUUGUGUUAGGAAGCGAUUAAUCAAUACGCUGUCUUAUCACAGUUGGCAUAUUCAGUAUUGAAAACAUCAUAUUGUUUUUAAAACAGUGAGUGCGAACACGAUCUAUUCUCUCGGAUUAUAAUAAAGAUGUUGAUAUCGUGAAAUUCGAAAGACGAUUGGAUAUUUUUAUUUAAAGUCAGGAUCCUGACAACUGAGCUACAUUCGCAAAUAAAGAAACACAUAUUUUACACGAUCUUAAUAUCAUCGCUUCAGCUAAAUUGGCUUGUGAUAGAUAGCUGGAACCUCAGUCCAAAAAGGCAGAUUUGUAUUCAAAAGAGGAUAUAAAAGCGGAAGUGACGUCAAAAUGAACAUCACGUGCCCGGAAGGCCCGGGUCCUAUCCAACAUUCGGACGCCGGGCGCGUCAUUUUAGGAAUAUUUCUCGUUUUGGUAAUUCUGCUCACAUUGGCCGGAAACUUUAUGGUGAUUGCCUCAGUGUAUUUGUUCCGGCAACUGCAAUCUGUGACGAAUGCUUUUAUAGUGUCUCUAGCUGCGGCUGACGCAUUAGUGGCGGUACUGGUCAUGCCGUUUUCGUUGUAUCAAAACAUGAGCACUUUCACGUGGCAUCUCGGUGAAACGAUGUGUCUAGUCGCGACAUCAUUUGACGUCAUGUUCACGACGACGUCGAUUUUACACUUAAUGUGCAUGGCCGUAGAUAGAUAUCUAGCUAUUUGCCAUCCGUUCCUUUAUAAUGACAGAAUGACCAAACCCACUGUGAUUGGCUUACUCAUCAUGUGCUGGAUCCUUCCCUUGUUUAUCAGUUUUUUCCCAAUACUCAACCGCUGGAACAUACUCGGGAUUGAGGAGGUGGACUACUGCGUGAAUCAAGCAGGCUCCUGCGUCUUUCUAGUCAACAGAGCAUACGCCAUUAUAUGUUCCGCCAUUGCUUUCUACAUUCCGACAGUCUUCAUGUUAGUGUGCAAUAUUAAGAUCUACCAAACUGCACGAAAACAAGUAAUGCAGAUCCGGAGUUUGGAAAUCAAGACACCGGGCGCAAUGCGAGCCUCAAAGAACAUGCGCCAAGAGACCAAAGCCGCGAAGACAAUCGGAAUCAUCGUUGGAGUGUACUCUUUAUGCUGGUUUCCCUUCUUCAUAUUCAAUGUCGUGGACCCUUUUAUUGACUAUACCAUCCAUCCGAUCCCUUGGUCCGUAGCCAUCUGGUUAGGCUACAUCAAUUCUACCAUUAACCCCUUCCUGUAUUAUUUCUUUAAUCGCUCAUUCCGGACUGCUUUUACGAAGAUUCUCAUGUGCUCCUCCUGUCGGAUGGGCGACUUCGAUGACAACUUCAACAACACGACAAUGUCCGCUGUGUCUGAAUGAUAUGAGAUCUAAAGAAGCUCUGCAUACAUUUCUAUUAGUAGCUACAUAUAGAUGGAGUUAUCAGUUCCAAGAGCAAUAUCGCCAAGUCACCAUUUCGCCAUAUCGAGUUAAGAGGUUCGGUAGACACAUUCCUGCUGCUGUGUGAUUUCUUUUGAAAAUCUUUUGUAACUUUGUCUCUCGGAACUAUCUUCUUUUACUUUCAUGUAUUCUUGGUAUUCAUCGAAACCACGCCGGGAACCAUCUUGGUUUUCAGCAGAGCCUGGUAGACACCUACUUGGUAUGUAUUACACAAAAAUGUACAGGGGAAUACACACAUUCUUGAAAUUCGACCAGAUUCCCCCUGACAACCAAGAUGUCGAACAAUAACUUGCACUACCGAACCUCUUCUCUUGUCACCUCGACCGGAACAUUACUGGUGUAGUCAGGGUUAUUGGCGAGGCUGACUGAAAGGUCUUUGUAUUUGAGGAACGAAAUGUAAAAAACGUACACAACUCAUUUGUGAUAGGGACUUCGGGAAAUGGUAGAAAUGUAUACAGGGUUUCUUUAGUGAGCCGAGUUUUAUACGGGUUUGUAAACAUGAAAGACUACUUUCACCAUACCCAUCAGGUAUCUUGUAAGUUCGAUUUGAGAGGUACAAAUACUAAAUGGCAAUCUGAUCACGACUAUGAAAUACUUUUAGUUAUAAGGACUUCUUCAUUUGAUACUAUCUUGUUCUUUAAUUUAAAAACAUCUCUUCUCUUACCUGACGAUAGUUACCUUUAAAUCUGAACGUCCUCAACAAACUUGUUUGCGUUUGAACUAGGCGUAAUAACAUUGGUCAACGUCAAAAUUCCAAGCGAAAUAUUCCCAUGUUUGUGUUGAGUGCGACAACCUGUCAGUGAUACUGAAAAAUAUCAGCACAGAGGGCUUUGUGAUUUUCCACAUUUUACAUGAGUGAUUUUAGCUUAUGCUGAAGAAAGUACCUUGAAGUGUAAGUAACACACGGAUUGCUGAAUUUAAGCAACAAGCGUUAAAACUGUGAUUACAAGCAUGCUAUGAACAGUAAGGUCGUGUGAUAUGUACCAAUGUUGUGUAUAUUUGUAUAAGAUACGUUCGUUUUAAUCACCGGUGUAAAUAAUUUUGAUAAUUUCAUCCAAACAUUUCAUUUUCGGCAUCAUUUCAAUAAAAUAUCAUAAUUUUGCAGAUAAAAUGCCGUCGAUUAUAUCGAACUUAUAUCCAACAGAAAAAAGAACAUCAAUUGAUGUCUUUCAGCCA